AUGUGCAAUCUGGGGAUGCAAGCAGAAAAUAGCGACUACGCUAAUAUCCGCUUAUGGAGUAUACCUGAUGUUUUGUCUAAGAUCGGAUUCGUCUAUGUGGAUAUUAUUGGGACAUGCGUAGCCCCUCUACCCUGUGACGCAAUGAUCGACGUAACAGUAUUUUCUGUCACAAUGCGCCGUUUGCGAAAAUAUUCCCGAGCACGAAUGCAUCAAUACUUAUCUCCACUCCUCAACUUACUAUACAGAGACGCAUUUAUGUUUUUCAUAGUUAGCAUAAUGCACAAUGGUUUAACUAUUGCUCUAUGGACAAUUUAUACGGACAGUCCAAAAUACUUCUUAUCCGUAAC